GGUCUGCCACGGGCGGCUUGGCCUCUCUUAUACACAAGUUUAUUAUUUGCAGAGUCGACAGAAUUCAUUUUCUGUUGGUAAAUAAAAGGUUGGAUUAGGAAGAUAUGAUUGCUUCUGGACUAAUCGCUAACACUUCAGGGUUACUCAGUUACAGUAAUCCCAAACUCCCCAUUCGACAUCAGACUCAAAGAUGUAAAAUCUGCGAAUUUGAUGGCUUUAAAAGGGCACCAAUUCCUUCCCAUCAGGUUUCAGGGUUACGUGUUCUGAAUUCUCCUGUUUUACGAAGAAAUCAAAUGAAAUGUGCCGUAUCAUCAGGAGCAAAUCACCAGGGGUUUCAGGAUGAAUUCCGUUCAGACCCUUAUUGGUUAACUCUGAUUAAAGAAGCCAUUUGGGGAGUAAGGUCUUUGGUUUUGUUUCUGGUUGAGCAGCCUGGUCAGCUGAGGUAUAUAGAGUGGCCAAGUUUUCAGAACACGCUGAAGACUGCAACACUGACUCUGGUUUUGGUAGCAUUGCUUAUUGUGGCACUUGCUUCAAUCGAUUCAGUUCUCUGCUUUCUGCUGGCUUUGCUGCUUCGGAAAACUGCAUGAGUUAGUUAUUCCUUCAGAAAUGUUGUAUUUUUACAGGCCUCAUCCAAUUUUUAAAAGAAAACAGUAGUCUUGUCGAACUGUUGUUAUAAGGAAGAUAAGAAGAAAAUGAAGGCAUCUGGAAAAAAAAGAUGCACCAUACUUGGGCCAACUUUGAUCAAGAAAUCACUGUUUCUGUUCAACUUGUUCAAAUGUCAAUUAACAGAAGAGUAGAGCAUCUGAUAUAGCGACCUAUCUGUGACACUGAAGUUCUUUUCUGUUAAGAAUAUGAGGCUUGGAAGACUGGAAGGUGUUUCAGUUUGCUGAUACUUAUGUUUUUAUACUUUCUUAUGGAUUUUCCCUCUUCUCUAUGCUGGUAUAGAUUCAAAUGUACCAUGAUGGCAUGUGUAAGAUAGACCCCGGAUUACGAUGCUUUGGACAUUGCGCUUAAGUUUGGAAUCACUCAAACUGGUGAUGAGCUUUGCUAAUUUUGUUCCUA